AUGCCCCAAGACCCAGCCACGUUUGACACUGAGGCUUUCUGGAGGAAUAUGUCACCACUGAAGAACAGGGUGACUGGUUUGAGCAGAUUUGGACGGCUGUCUGAGAUUGCCAAACUGGUGUUAGUGCUUCCACACUCCAAUGCAGAUGCGGAGAGUGUUCUCCAUGAUGUGCCAGAAAUCCUACGGACCAUGAAGAAUAUCCUUGAUUCGGACCUUACCACACCACCGCUGCCCCCCCAAAGUUCCUAUUCUUCAUCGGCAAAUUCAUCGCCAUCCCUCCCCAGAUCUACCCCGCCCAGUUCCAUGUCUGAGUCUGUUACUCCAUCCCUGACGGACUCCCAGUCUUCUAAGGUGGAGAUCCAUCCUGGGACUGGAGUCAUGGUUGAGAAACUGGCGUGGACCUAUGCCCUCAAUGCAAAUUCAGCUACAGUAUUUGUGAGGCAUCUGCUCACAGCAGUCUUCCCACUGGAGAUACUGCUGUUGAGCAAUCUUCGAGGGGGCAAACGAGGCGGAGGAGAUGCUCGUCUACCACUGGACAAAAAAAAAUUGGAUGCCAUUUACAGUGCAACUCUUGAGAGGUGGCCUGGGACCCAGCUCUCCAGCAUCGGAACCACAAUCAAUGGCAAGAUCACAGAGCUCCGGACCAAAAGUAGAAAUGUUGCUGUGUCCACAGCAUCAUCUUAA